AUGGGUAUGAGUUACUCGACAUCAGGGUCUCCCGUCAACCACCAAUCAGUGGUCACGAGACACAAAUCAGUGAACAACCAUCACAUCAAUAGUGUUGUCACACAUUCAGUCACAUUGAAUGACAAACAGUCUAACCAUGAGGUCGACCAUCAAAUGCCUGACUCUAAUGAACUCGAGAGACGAUUCACGAAAGUGUUGGCGUCAAUGGAUUUACCUCCAGAUAAGGCCAAACUUCUUCGUGGAUACGAUAUGGAGAAGAAGUGGGAAAUGAUUAGAGAUCAGGAGAAAGUGACGGCCAAAGAGUCGCCGGAGUUUUAUCUGCGAAAACUGUCCACUUAUUUGGAUCCCAAAGCCAGCAGAAGUACCAAAAAAGUGCGACAAUUGGGUCACAACACGUCCACUCAGGUGUUGCGCGAUCUGGAGAUCUCUUUGCGGACCAAUAACAUCGAGUGGGUCCGAGAAUUCCUGUCCGAAUCCAAUCUGGGUUUGGAUGUACUCAUCGAAUACCUGACCUUCCGGUUAGUGACACAACAACAGCACCAACAGCUCAAAGACCAGCAAACGGCUCACCAGAACGGAAGCGCCGACAAUCUGACCGCAAGUCAAGACCACAUCCAAACAAAUACCAGUUUAUUGAGGCGACCGUCGCUUCUGUUUUCUCGGCAACACUCGACUAAAUUAAAGUUAGGACAAGUGGGGGAUGACGUGCACGUCUGCAUAAUGUGUAUGCGAGCCAUUAUGAACAAUAAGUUUGGCUUUAAUCUAGUGAUGGAGCACAACAAUGCCAUCAAUUGUAUCGCUCUAAGUCUUAACCAUCAAAGUCUCCGCACAAAG